AUGGAGAUUCUCGGUAAGUUAAUGUGCUACGAUUGGGGCAAGCUAGGCCAACAAUCGUUCGUUGCUCAGCUGGCGCAAGCCAACGACGAACGGCUCGAGGUAGCGCCGGAAUGUCCGUACGCGGAGCUGUGGAUGGGCGAUCACGUUAACGGACCCGCUACGGUGAAAAGCGACGGUAAAGGGCUGGACGAGACGAUAAGGGCCGAUCCGGUCGGUAUGAUUGGAUCGGGCGCGGGACGGCUACCGUUUCUGCUGAAGGUGUUAAGCAUCCGGAAAGCACUCAGUGUGCAGGUUCAUCCGGAUAAGAUCGAGGCCGAGAAGCUGCACCGCCAAUUUCCGGACAUUUACAAAGAUCCCAACCACAAGCCAGAACUGGCCAUCGCGCUGACCGAUUUUCAAGCCCUGUGUGGCUUUCGUCCCUGUUCCGAAAUCAAUGAGCUGUUGCAGAAAUCGCCCGAACUGCAAGAAUUGCUAGGAGAAAGCGUAUUGGCAAAAUUUGCCACACCCGACAAAUCCGCCGUCCAGAUUGCUUACGAACAGCUGAUGCACAGUGGACCUGCUGCUGUUCAGCGCUGCAUCGAGCGUACCGCCGAACGAAUGCGUACAGCAGAAUCCUGCGAACUGAGCGAUCUAUUUCUGCGUCUGUACGCCGACUUUGGCUGUGACAUUGGUGUGUUGUCGAUCUACUUUCUCAACUACCUACGCCUAAAGCCGGGCCAAGCAAUCUAUCUCGCAGCGAACGUACCGCACGCCUAUCUUGACGGUGACUGCGUGGAGUGUAUGGCCUGUUCGGAUAAUGUGGUGCGAGCAGGAUUAACGCCAAAGUUCAAGGAUGUUGACACACUGUUACGACUGGUCUCGUACGACUGUCUGCCCGGUGAAGCUAUGCUGUUUCAGCCAACGGUUUUAAAUGCCCUAGAGCAACCGUUUACGCGCACCUUCUUGCCACCGGUGCCGGAUUUUGCUGUAGCUGAAAUCAGCCUAGCAGGCAGUGUGGGAGAGUAUAGUGUGAGUAAUCCGGCUAAUGGUUCGAUUCUGCUCGUUGUCAGUGGUAAAGGAAAGCUGAAGCUGAAGGAAUCGGAGCUCGAGCUGAGGAUGGGAAAAAUCGUCUUCCUGCCUAGUAGUGCUGGUAGAAAAGUUUUACUGGUGCUAGAGGAUGCAGGUGAACCGUUCCUAGCGUUCCAAGCAAUGGCUAAUGAUUUUGAAUAG